CUCUCUCAUGAUAUGGUGGAAACGAGAUGGUAAAAUAUGCGCGUUUACAGGUCAGCGCCGGCCAGGCCAGUCCAAGUCUCUCUUUAAUGGCGGAAAACUUGACUCCCAAAUCCUUCUUCUUCUACUCUAUAUAAUGGCCUAAUAAUACCAAAUUCAUUCAUUAUUAACCAACGCCAAAUCCUUCCUCAUUCCAACUUCUCAAAUUGUGGGAUCUGCUAUCUCAGCUUUGUAAAAUCUGAGAGAAGAUGACUGUUAUUCCAACAAGCAUAAUGGAGAAUAAAGGAGCUGUUGAUACAGCUGCAUGGGCGUUUAAUAUUGUCACCUCAGUUGGAAUCAUUAUCGUCAACAAAGCUGUAAUGGCCAAUUACGGUUUCACCUUUGCUACAACUUUAACUGGUCUGCAUUUUGCAACAACUACCUUGAUGACCAUUGUUCUUAGGCGAUUGGGGUACAUCCAAUCAUCUCAUUUACCUCUGCCUGAUCUUAUCAAGUUCGUUUUGUUUGCAAAUUUUUCAAUUGUUGGAAUGAAUGUGAGUCUAAUGUGGAAUUCAGUGGGAUUUUAUCAGAUUGCAAAGUUAAGCAUGAUCCCUGUAUCUUGUUUUCUGGAGGUUGCCUUAGACAAGGUUCGAUACUCUAGGGAUACCAAGCUCAGCAUAUCAUUAGUCCUUCUUGGGGUCGCUGUUUGCACUAUUACUGAUGUUAGUGUGAAUACAAAGGGAUUUAUUGCUGCAGUUGUGGCUGUUUGGAGUACUUCGCUGCAGCAGUAUUAUGUACAUUUUCUCCAGAAGAAGUACUCGUUGGGAUCAUUUAACUUACUUGGGCAUACUGCCCCAGUGCAAGCUGCCUCUCUUCUAUUAUUAGGCCCCUUUGUGGACUAUUGGUUGACAAGCAAGAGAGUUGAUGCUUAUAACUACACUUUUAUAUCUCUGUUUUUCAUAUUCUUGUCAUGCACAAUUGCAAUUGGGACCAAUUUGAGUCAAUUCAUCUGCAUUGGAAGAUUUUCAGCAGUAUCCUUCCAAGUGCUUGGACACAUGAAGACCGUACUCGUCCUCACAUUGGGAUUCAUUUUCUUUGGCAAAGAAGGGCUCAAUAUACAUGUUGUACUUGGUAUGAUAGUUGCCAUAAUGGGCAUGAUUUGGUAUGGAAACGCCUCCUCCAAACCUGGAGGGAAAGAGCGAUGGUCUCCUAUUUUGCCCGAGAGCAAACCUCUUAAACAAAAUGGUUCUAGUGAACUUAUCGAAAAGGUAUAAGAUGACAAAGAGGAUUCAAUAUUAUGCGGAUCAAAUACCCCAUUCUUUUAAGUUCCUUUACACGAUAAGCCUAUGUAUGUUGUAUCGUAAAGUUAAAGAAAGUUGUCACAUUUUGUCAAACCAACUAAAUUUUUUAGUUAUAUUGUUACUUGUUGUGUAAUUCAACAAUGACCGCAAAAUCUCAUUCUUUUUACAUCCUUUGUUAUAGGAGCAAUACAAUUAUCACUUUUUUUUACAUGUAAAAGCUUUUCAUUACACCAU